GACUACUGCCAUAUCAUGUCUGGACGCGGGAAGCAGGGAGGCAAGGCUCGCGCCAAGGCCAAGACUCGCUCCUCUCGGGCUGGUCUCCAAUUUCCAGUGGGCCGUGUGCACCGCCUGCUCCGUAAAGGGAACUAUUCCGAGCGGGUCGGGGCCGGCGCACCGGUGUACCUGGCGGCGGUGCUGGAGUACCUGACUGCCGAGAUCCUGGAGCUGGCGGGCAACGCGGCCCGUGACAACAAGAAGACACGCAUCAUCCCGCGCCACCUGCAGCUGGCCAUCCGCAACGAUGAGGAGCUCAACAAGCUGCUGGGCAAAGUCACCAUCGCACAGGGCGGCGUCCUGCCCAACAUCCAGGCCGUGCUGCUGCCCAAGAAGACCGAAAGCCACCACAAGGCCAAGGGCAAGUAGAAGUCGGGAUUGCUUUCCAACAACUCAAACCUUCCAUUCAAACCAAAGGCUCUUUUCAGAGCCACCCACUUUAUCACUAACAAGAGCUGCGCUGCACAAUUUCAUCCAAUAGCUAAAACUUUGUUGUUUUGAAAUACCUCUUAUACCUGGGUUUACUAUAGAGGAAAAACAAAAGAAGAGAAGCCAAAAAAUAAUGGAGGGUUGCUUAGGGAUAUACAGUUGAAACAGUGAGUAACCUUUUUAAAUCGGUUAUAUACCCUGAGCAUAAAGUUAUUUUUUAAUCCUUACCCAGAGCCCCUGAAUUCUAGAAAUCGGGUAAACUCAUCAAAAUAGGGACCUUUAUCUCCCUGUGAUUCCCUCUGCAGGAUUCAAUGUCCAUCUAGGGCAAAACUUAAUGCACUGAGUGUUGGGCCUACCUUCCCCUCCCCUCCUAAUUCACUCAAAUCCUAGUACUUACCUACGUGGUAAACCAGGCACCCUGCUAAAGAGGACUACAAUGGUAUUUCAGAUAGGUAACAUCCCAUCUUAAUGGGAGUUUCAAGGACUGUUUUAAAAAAAAUGAUAAAGGUGGUGUGGAAUUACAUUAUGAAGAGAAGAGCAUGUCAACUGACAAUAAAUGUUAUAAAAGAUGGACAUUGUGAAUCGUAUUCUUUACCUUACUUGCCAGGGUCAUAAAGUCUGAUUCCUGUCAAUGGUUUUUACUGCCUCUUUCCCUGGCCAUCAUCACUCUCCAUGCCCUCCCUUCAGAGUCACCCUAGCUAAAAAAAACUGGCUAGAGGCCCUUCAAUUCCUCUCCACUUCACAUACCAACUAAUAACUACUUUUCCUCAUGAAAACUUUUUUUUUUAAUCUCCUACCUAGUUUUGCUAUUUCUUGAAUUUCUAUUGCAUUUCUAGUUCAUUGGAAUCAAUUUACUUUCUGAGUCUCUUAAAAUACUUGUACUACUUUUAAAUCUCAACUGCAAUCAAAUGCAAAUAAUUUUCCUUUGAAUAAAACAAUGACCACAGCAAUUAAAAAAAAAAAAAAAACUAUUGCUGUGAGUCGAUUCCAAUUCAUAGCGAUCCUAUAAGACAGAGUAGAAUUGCCCUGUAGGAUUUCCAAAGAACGGCUGGUGGAUUCUAACUGCUGACCUCUGGGUUAGCAGCCAUAGCUCAUAAACCAAAAAAACCAAACCCUGUGGCAUCAAGUCGAUUCCGACUCACGGCAACCCUAUAGGACAGAGUAGAACUGCUCCAUAGAGUUUCCAAGGAGCGCCUGGCAAAUCUGAACUGCCGACCUGUUAGUUAGCAGCCCUAGCACUUAACCACUACACCACCUGGGUUUCUGCCAUAGCUCACAGGAGGUAAAUAAUACCUUUUUUCUUUUUUUAAUCUUAUGAUCGUUUUGAUGACCAUUUGAUGUUGGAUGAACCGAAUUCUGAUCUCAGUGAACCAAAUUAUUCAAUUGUUUCCUCUUUUAAAAAGUCUUCUGUAUUACUGUGUGUAUAAAUUUUAAACAGGAGCCUUUGUGGCACAGUAGUUAAAGUGCUUGGCUGCUAAAAAGAUCAGCAGUUCAAAUCUGUUCAAAACUUGAAAUUUCAAGUAAAUUAUAUAUCUCUUAGGAAGGUCAAUGAGUUCUUUCUAAUUUUAAUAAUAAAACAUGCAGUUAUUAUUGAUGUUAAUGAUGUAAUUACUAACAUCUGCUUAAAUGCAUAGUUUCUAUUCCCCAUAAGAACCACCGCACUGUUAAAAUCAUGCCAUUAUAUUUAUUGGUGUAAUUUACGUAAAGACUACAAUCAAUAAAUCCAUAACCAAAAAAUUAACAAAUGAAUGUAAAUUUUCAUAUUUUAAAUAAAACAUUCAAGGGUGAUAUAGCAUUGUUCAUAAUUCCACACAUUAGCUGAUUUUUUUCAAUUGACUAUUGCUCCAAUCUCAUUGGAUAGAGCACCUACUAUUCUCCUUUGGAAACCCUGGAGGCAUAGUGGUUAAGUGCUACAUCUGCUAACCAAAAGGUCAGCAGUUCAUAUCCACCAGGUGCUCCUUGGAAACUCUAUGGGGCAGUUCUCUGUCCUAUAGGGUCACUAUGAGUCGAACUCAAUGGCAACGGGUUAGGUUUGGUUUUUUAUUCUCCUUUAUCUUAUACAUGAGAUAAACUAUAUGCAUAUCAGGAAAAAUAAUAAAACUUGUUUUUAAAAAGGAAGACAACAAUACUUGCAAAAAAAAUCUUGAUAAAACUGUUUAGAUAGUUCUAAUUGCAAUUAGAACAUGAAGAACUAUUUAGAGUGCACCCUGUCAUUUUCAUAAGAGAUAAAGUUCACUUUUAGUGGCUGUUAUAGAUUGAAUUUUGUCCCCCCAAAAUGUGUUGUAAAUCCUAACGUCUAUGCCUAUGGUUAUAAUCCCAUUUGGCAAUGGUUUUCUUUGUUAUGUUAAUGGACAGGAUUAGUGUGGGGCCUGUUUUGAGUCAAUCUCUUUUGAGAUAUAAAAGAAUUUAAACAAGCCAGAGAAGCAGAAAUUGGGGAAAAUGACUGCCAUGCCACUUGGGGAUCACCAAGACGCCAAGGAAUAGGAGCUGAAGAGACAAGGUCCUUCCCAGAGCUGACAGAGAGAGAAAGCCUUCCCCUUGAGCCGGCACCCUGAAUUUGGACUUCUAACCUCCUAAACUGUGAGCAAAUACAAUUUUGUUUGCUAAAGUCACCCACUUGUGGUAUUUGUGUUAUAGCAGCACUAGAUAACUAAGUCAGUGGCCAAAGAUUUAUGGAAGCAUUGUUUAAACUUUUUCUUUCUUUGCCAUUAAUUUGUCUCUCCACAGUCUCUGGACAAACAUAAAGGCACUUUGCAGUUUCUUCCCAUACUAGAGUUAACGUGUACCUUAUCCACUAGUUUACAAACUCCCUCUGGGUGGAGAAUGGAUUUUAUUCACCUUAUAUUUGCAUUCCCCCUAGACCCUACAUCUACGAGAGGGCAACAGAAUGUAGUCACUAAAUUGUGUUAAUUUCAUAAAAAUAAAAAUCUUUAUGAAGAAAGGAAUAAUAUAAAAUAAAAGCUAAAAACAAAUUAUAAACUAAAUGUGGUUGAGUUUGCAUGGAAGUCUAUAGGUUUAAAGUAAAAUGUGAA